GCCGAAGCGCCAGUGUGCCGCGAGCCUACACCAGCUGCGAGUCUGCGCCGUGUCCACUGCGCAACUAAACGCAAACCAACCGUCAAACUUUUACUUUCGCGCUGUUCUGAGUUCGUUGGAAUUUUUUGUGUUGUGCUGAGUGACGUCAUGGACAAGUGAUAUUGGUUAUUUUUGUAUGUAAAGAGACGAUAUCAAAAUGUUGUUGUGCAUUAUUAUUUGGAGCGUUUUUCUUGCGCCUGGUCUCGCACAAGUGGAACGAAAAUGCGGUCAUCCGGCAGUACCCCCCAACGCACGGGUAUCUCUGUCCUCUGAAGAUAUCGUUCCCGGAACCGUCGCCACGUAUGAAUGUGAUGAGGGCUACGAGCUCUUCGGCGCCCACCAGAGGGAGUGCACUCUGAGAGGCGACUGGACUUCAGAACCUCCUUUCUGUGGGACGAAUGUGGCAUUCAGAAAGCCAGCAAACCAGUCAACCACGGUACGUGGUGGGGCAGCGGCCAACGGAAAUGACGGGGAGAAGACCACGGAGCAUGACGGCAAGCGGUGUACGGAGACGCAGCGCGAGGCGUCACCAUGGUGGCAGGUCGACUUGCUGCGCCACUACGCUGUCAAGGUCGUCAGGGUCACCACCAGAGGGUGCUGUGGUCACCAACCAUUGCAAGACUUGGAGAUUCGAGUCGGGAACAGUAGUUCAGAUCUUCAGAGGAACCCGCUUUGUGCUUGGUUUCCGGGGACUAUUGACGAAGGUGUGACGAAGACGUUUACCUGCGCGCGGCCCCUGGUCGGGCAACACGUGUUCCUGCAACUGGUCGGCGUGGAAGGCUCCUUGUCCCUCUGUGAGGUUGAGGUCUUCACCACUGAAGAAUUCUCGAACGACCGAUGCGCGCCGGCGGGAGCGGCAGCGGAUAUAGAAUUAGCUGCCUUCUCGAGAAAUUGCUACGAGUUCAAUGUUGCUAAGGGCGGCUCGUUCGAAUACGCCAGGAAACACUGCCAGAGCCUCGGCGGAGACCUCAUACAUGGUUUUCAGGGUGCAACGUCAAGCUUCUUGAUCCAAGAAUUAGAACGUCGCAAGGCGCAACUGAAGACCCAGCUGGUGUGGAUCGGCGCGCAGAAAGAGCCAGGCCUCACUUCCAGGACUUGGAAAUGGGUGGAUGGUGAAGUAGUUUCCAAGCCGACGUGGGGGAAAGAUCAGCCGAACAACUACAACGGGGAACAGAACUGCGUAGUGCUGGACGGCGGACGCACCUGGCUCUGGAACGACGUCGGCUGUAACCUCGACUACCUGCACUGGAUCUGCCAGUACCUACCGCCCUCGUGCGGUAGUCCGGACAAACUGCUAAAUACGACGAUCGAAGGCAACAACUACUUGGUGGGCGCCACGAUCGCCUACAAGUGUCCCGAGGGACACAUGCUGUUUGGAGACAAGACUAGGGAGUGCAAGAGGGACGGCUUCUGGUCAGGGACUGCACCCACCUGUAAAUACGUGAACUGCGGCACCUUACCUGACCUCCCGGACGGAGAGGUAACCUUAGUCGACGGGAGAACCACGCAUGGUGCCAAAGCGGUGUACUCCUGCAGCGAGAACUUUACCCUGGUCGGGAAUGCUGAAAGAGAGUGUAGUGAUAACGGUGUGUGGGCUGGCGAGACCCCCAAGUGCUUGUUCGAUUGGUGCCCCGAGCCGCCGCCCGUCACCGGCGCUGUAGUCACUGUCACCGGACACAAAGCUGGAUCUCUGGCCACGUACGCGUGUCAAAAUGGGUUCAUCCUUUUUGGAUCACCGAGCGUAACUUGUACCCUUGGAGGGACGUGGUCAGGCACUCCUCCUUCUUGCAAGUACGUGGACUGUGGAACCCCGGCGCAGGUGCACCAGGGCUCGUUCGUGCUGCUUAACGGCACCACCACCUACGGCUCCGUGGCGCAGUUCACGUGCGAACCUGACUACUGGCUGGCCGGCGCUGAGGAACUCGUCUGCAACAGAGAUGGGAAGUGGUCGCAUGAUAUCCCGUCUUGUGAAUUGAUCUCAUGUCCGGAACCGGAAGCGCCAGCCUACGGCUACAUGGUAGGCUUCGACUUCAACGUGCACUCCACCAUCGACUUCCACUGCGAGAGAGGACACAAGCUGGUAGGAGAGACCAGCCUUCUUUGUCAACCGGACGGGGAGUGGUCGGGAGAACCUCCCAAAUGCGAAUACGUGGACUGCGGCAAACUUGCAUCGCUGCCGUACGGUUCCACUGAACUGAUUAACGGUAGCACUCACCUCGGCAGCAUCAUUCAGUACUCUUGCACCACAAACUACAGGCUCGUGGGGCCGGUCCGCAGGAUCUGCACUGAAGACUAUCAGUGGAGCGAAUUUUCUCCCAGAUGCGAAGAAAUCCGUUGCACGGACCCGGUGGUAGCAGAGAACAGUAUAGUGUCAGUGACUGGCAACGACCGCAACCACGGCAGGACCCUUAUCAGAACCUCUGUGAGCUCCACUGUCGGUAACACGUACCGGAUUGGAGCGCUGGUGAAGUACCGAUGCGAGAGAGGUUACAAGGUGGUGGGGGAGAGUCUGUCGACUUGCGAGGAUAAUGGGCAAUGGAGUGGGACUACACCUACUUGUCAAUACGUGGACUGCGGCAAUCCGGGUCGCAUUCAGAACGGUAAAGUGACCCUGGCGACAAACGCAACUUAUUAUGGAGCUGCAGCGCUUUAUGAGUGCGACGAACAUUGGCAACUAGACGGCGUCUCGAGGCGGCUGUGCCAAGACAAUGGCACCUGGAGUGCUGAAGCACCAGUUUGCAAAGAAAUAACCUGCGCGGAUCCAUCAGCUCAAAUUAAGGGCAACACUGGUUUGCUGGUGGUGACCUCGACCUUGAGCAUUGGAGGAGAGGCGCACUAUCGCUGCGAGAGGGGGUACAGCCUCAAGGGCCAGCAGACCAGGACUUGCAUGCCGAAGGGACAGUGGAACGGCACUGUGCCUGUUUGCAUUCCAAUCGACUGCAAAUCGCCAGGAACGAUUGAGAACGGGCGCAUAAUAAUAUCGAACGGAUCGACUCUGUUCAGCAGUUCGAUAGAGUACCACUGCCUGCCCCAGUACCAGCGGGUAGGGCCAUUCCUGCGCAAAUGCAUGGACGAUGGCAAGUGGUCAGGCGACGAACCUACCUGUGAACUCGCCACAAAUGAAGCGGUGGACAGUGGCACGCUGCCACUCAGCGUGGGCGUUGGGUGCGGAGUAGUGCUGUUCUUGCUGAUGCUUCUCGGUGUUAUUUAUUUGAGGCUGCGAAAAGCGACACCGGUCAAGAACACAGAAAAUAUAGAAGGGGCCGAACGUAAGGAAGACCAGAAUGCGGCGGUCAUGAGCUACGCGACGCUGCACGACUCCAACGGGCGGCAUAUAUAUGACCACGUGACCGACAACGUAUACGACUCGCCGUACAGCGAGAGGAUCACGGACAACGUCGCGUAUGGCCGGCGCAGCGACACCGAGUCCACGUACGAGCCCGAGCCCACCGGCCCCAGCGCCGUCAUCACGAUUAAUGGGGUUGCUGUGCGUUGAUUGGCGCACGAUCCGCGUCAGACGACUGACGCGCCGCACAUGAUCACCGACGAGUUCAGUGAAGCCGGUGCGAUGUACACACUGCGGUCUGCUCGCACGCUCGAAGCUGCCAAACCACGUAGUUUCCAGCUUAUUAGUUGUCAGUAACAGUAGCGAAUAAAUCUCAAACCACAGCAUGCGCAUCUCGCCAGUUUGAACAAAUCUUGAUUCUUGCGAGAAAUAACGUGUAAAGCUUAUGGUCAUUUUACGGUGGUGUGAACUCAGGACAAUAAGGGUGUGAAUGACGUCAUUACCAACGCCAGAUGACAUCGUACGCAGUGUUGCCAGUGUGGAUUAUGAACUUUUGUAAUUGUCGGUAACAAAAUAACUUCAAAGUGUUAUUUAAUUGGUUUACAAAAGUGCCUUUUAUCGUAUACGUGUUACGUUUUGUAACAAAAUUAUCUAUCGGUGCGGUUACCAUUCUAAAGACUCGAGUGUUCAAACUGUUAAUUUAGUGUAUUAAAUUUAAAAUGGAUUUGACAAAUUAAGUGUUCGUAUCGAUCCACAAUCAAUCAUAGAUAUUGAACCAAAGAUAUAAGUGUGUUGAAAUUUUUAUGCUGAAUAUCAUAUUAUCAUGACUGCAAUUGUUUUAUGACAAAAAAUUUACUACCUUCGACGCUCUACUUAAUAAAAAAAUUAUGUAUAAUAUUUUCAUAAAUUGCCUUUAUUUGUUCGAUGUAUUCGUUGCAAUAUUUUAUCUCAUGUUAUAACAGGCGUGAUAUAUAUAGCGGUAUCUAUGAUUUCUAGUUUUUAUUUAUUAUUUAUUUUAAAAACAAUUGCAGUCAACAGUACUUUUGAUUCACAAUAAACUCGUUAUAUUGUGUACCAAAAGUUAAUUAUUUAAUAAUUAUUAAUGUAUAAAAUAAUUUAUUGUUAUACAUCGAUGAAUGAUUGUAUUUUAAUGCCAAAAUAUUAUGUUUGCCCUUCAAAUACGCGUCUCGUAAUUAGCUUAAGGGAAUAACUACAUUUUUCUAUUAUUAUGCGGAUUUAUAUAUAAUAUACAUAACAUUUUGCCGGUGUGCGUGAGUGAUUUUUGGUCCGCCGCAUAUGUAUGCCCAAGCCCAUACGUGCAUGCAUGUUUACGAGCACGUAUGCGUUUGCGCAUAUUAUGGAACUGUAUUUAUGGAUAUAAAUUAUAUAUUUGGCAUAAUUUCUUGUAAUACUAACUUUACUCAAACUCGAUUUUUCGUACUAUUAAUUAAUUAUACGUUUUUGUAAAUAUUUCUCUAAUAUACAUUGUAAUUAAUGUACUACACGUCUCAUGUUAAAAUAUAAAGAGGGCUGCUCAUCACAUCGAAGUAUAGUGAAGCUAGAAAAUUAGACGAACGCGGUUCGGUUUCGUCCGAUCCUAUUAGUUGUUAUUACCUGGUUCCGCGUCGUUUACUGAACCAAGUUUGAUUUCGACCUUUUACGAUGAAACAUUAAUUGUAAAUAAUCCAGGGUGUUAGUAUUUUUGUACUUUUUAUAUAAAAGACAUCUGUAAUUUCCGUAUCUAUUUCUUGUGAUGUCAAAAUAUCAAUUUUGGGAUAUCUGUAAUAGUGUGUGGGUUUAUUGAUUUGCAACUUUGUGCUUUUAUAAAAAGGACUUACGAAUAUGUACAUUAGUGUUAUUUUUAAACAGACGACACUUGCGUUUUCUUUUUGUUAACGAUCCGUAUUAUUGAAAUAAAUCAAAGAUGAAUUAUUUCUUUAUUAUUUGAUGAAGUGUUGCACUUUAUUUCACAUUUGCGGUUUGUUGAGAUAAAAUACAUGCCCAUAACGUUUUUGUUUUUAAUAUUGAUGUAAAACAAAAUGUGUCCUAUAUUUCAUAGACUUGAAUAUAUUCCUUUAAAUUUUUGUGUAAAGAGAGUGCCUUUAUCUAUAUAUUUUUAAGUAUCAUUGUGAUUAAAUUAACUUUAAAACCAAUUUAAACAUUAAUAGAAUUUUAUUUUUGUUAAAAAAAAUUUACCCUAACACUGUUGUCUAGACGAAUAGACAGUAAUUCAUGUCGCCAAAUAGAGUUUUAAAAGUAAGAAAGAAAGGUAAAGUAUAACUUAUAUGACGUUAUUAUAAAUGAGAUUCCACGAUAGACUAUAAAUUAAUGUUGACAGAUUACUGCAAAUUUAUUUAAGACAUCAGCCUCCGUAGUUUUACUUAUUUUUAUAAAUAUGUUUAAUAAACGUCUUGAAA